GCCAAUGUUCUCAUGACUCUUCUUGAAAGAUAUAGACUUUUCACAGGCCAAGCUGUGAACAUGAGCAAAUCAGCAAUCUUCUUCAGUAAAAAUACUCCACAACCUCUUCAGCAGACUAUUUGCUCCACUCUCAAUGGCAUUACUUCACACAGAUCCACUAGAUAUUUUGGUCUUCCUCUGAGAAUAGGAAAAUCAAAAAAGGAAGUUUUUGAGUAUCUUCUUCACUCUGUCAGAGGUAAGUUGCAAAGCUGGAAAUCCAAACUUCUAAGUCCAGCUGGGGAAGAAGUGUUACUUAAAUCUAUUGCCCAAGCACUGCCAAUCUUUACAAUGUCAUGCUUCAAAUUUCCCAUUACUCU